AUGAGGACUCUACUGACCAUCCUGGUGGUGGUAUCCCUGGCUGCCCACAUUGCUGAAAACACCUCGAAUCUUCUUCAGCACGUGCGAUUCCAGUCCAGCAACUUUGAAAGCAUUCUGACCUGGGACAGCGGGCCGGGGAGUGCCCAAGACACAGUCUACAGCGUGGAAUAUAAGACAUAUGGAGAGAAGAUGUGGAAGGUAAAGGUGGGCUGCCAGAAGGUCACCCGGAAAUCCUGCAACCUGACUGCAGAGACAGGCAAACUCACGGAGCUCUACUACGCCCAGGUGACCGCCGUGAGCGCAGGGGGCCAGUCCACCACCAUGAUGAGCCAUCGCUUCAGCCUGCUGCAGGACACCACCAUCAAACCACCUGAUGUGACCUGUAUUCCCAAAGUAAGAUCUGUCCAGAUGAUUAUCCACCCCACAUUCACGCCCAUCCGUGGGGACAAUGGCCAUCAGCUAACCCUACAGGACAUCUUCCAGGACCUGUUGUACCACUUAGAACUCCAGGUCAACCACACCUACAAAAUGCACCUUGAAGGGAAGGAAAGAGAAUACGAGUUCGUUGGCCUGACCCCUGACACAGAAUUUGUUGGGAGGAUCAUGAUUUUUGUUCGAAAUUGGUCCAAGGAGAGCGCCCCCUAUGUGUGCCGUGUGAAGACACUGACAGAUCAAACAUGGACCUACUCCUUCUCGGGCGCCUUUCUGUUCUCCAUGGGCUUCCUCGUCGCCAUGCUCUGCUACCUGAGCUACAGAUAUGUCACGAAGCCACCACAGCCACCCGACUCCCUGAACGUCCAGCGAGUCCUGACUUUCCAGCCUCUACAGUUCAUCCAAGAGCACAUUCUGAUUCCUGCCUUGGACCUCAGCGGCUCCAGCGUUAUAUCCCAGCCAGUCCAAUACACCCAGGUGAAGGUGUCUGGGCCCAGGGAGCUCCCAGGAACCCCACAGCUGCACAGCCUGCCUGAGAUCACCUACUUCAAACAGCCAGAUAUCUCCAUCCUCCAACCUCCCAACAGGCCACCUCAACAGACCCUCCCUCCAUUGUCCUAUGCCCCCCAGGCUGGCCCUGAGGCCGGACCCCCAUCCUACUCUCCUCAGGCCCCCCCCAAAACUGAACCCCCCUGUUACACUCCACAGACCAUUUCCCAGGUCCCACCUUCCUCCUAUGCCCCUCAGGCCACUCGACACAGUUGGCCCUCAUCCUAUGGGAUGUGCAUGGAAGGUUCUGGAAAAGACUCCCCUCCUGCGGAACUCUCUAGUCCCAAGCACCUCAAAGGUCAGCUCCAGAAAGAAGUUCCAGGCAGAAGCUGCAUUCCAUCUGGCCUUUCUCUCCCAGCCAUGACCUCUUUGGAUGUGGAGGAACCCCAAGAAGCAAAAUCCUCCCACCAGUAUCUGGGGGUUCACACAGACGUUGCCCCUGACCUGAAUGGGGUGUCAGGGAUGCCAGGGUACCUAAAAGGCCAACUCUCCUUGCUCUCUUCUGUCCAGAUCGAGGGGCACCCAUCCCCCCUCUGCUCCCCCACAGGACAGAGUCCAAGUGACUGGAGCUUACUGGAGUCUCUUGUGUGCCCCAAGGAUGAGAGUCCAAUGCCCAGGGCAGACAUAGAGAACACUGAACCUCGGGCCCCAGACCUAGAGCAGCCUGUUGAGCUAGAGUCCCUUUUCAGAGGCCUGGCCCUGACCGUGCAGUGGGAGGUCUGA